UAUAGAAUGGUUCUGUAGAUAACAGAGGAACUGUUUAAACAGUUGCUGCUGUUAGAUUUACCUUGCUACAACAUUUCCCGUCUCUGCUGCUGUCCUCAGAAAAAUGUCCUAUAGUGUUUUAAUCUGUGUAAUCAUCUUUCUGUCUGUCUGUCUGUCUGUUUCUCUGUCAGUUCCUCUCCUGUCCUGAUGUGGGAGAUGCAGCUUUGGGUACAGAAUUAAUGUGCGUGACAGUUUAUGAGUGUGUGUGUGUUUGUUUGUGAGUUGUGGGUUUGAUUGAGUGUAUAAGAGUAUGAAUCUGAACGUCUCUGAUCUGGGGGAGGAGCUUCCUGUUAACUCCUCCAUGCGGUGUCCCUAUGAUGUGAUUGGUUGGGAGCCACAAAAAGUACAGCAGCUGUACUUUUGGUUCUACCUGCUGCUCUUCAUCCCUGGUCUCUGCCUCAACACCACGGCUCUCUGGGUGCUAUGUACACACAUCAGUAAGAAGACCAAGGCAGUGAUCUUCAUGGUGAACCUGGCUCUAGCUGACCUGCUCCAUGUCAUGUCUUUGCCUCUGAGGAUCCACUACUACCUGACACACACCUGGCCCUUUGGACACACACUGUGUCUGUUCUGUUUCUACCUCAAAUACCUCAACAUGUACGCUUCCAUCACCUUCCUGGUGUGUAUCAGUGUCCAGAGGUGUGUGUUUUUGCUACAGCCCUUCUAUGCCCGGCGGUGGAGACGACGUUAUGACCUGUUGAUCAGCGCCACCGUGUGGCUGGUGGUGGGAAUAGGUUGUUCUCCUUUUAUUAUCAUGAGGAUCAGCAACAGCACUGUACCCAGCCAAUACACCCCUAGCCCCAGUACCAGUCUUAUACCCAGCUCUAACCCCAGCCAAUACACUGGUAGUCCUAUUCCAUACUCCACACCCUCCACCUUACCUUACACAAGACCCAUCGACGGCUGUUUUAAGGACCUGCCCACCAGGAAACUGCCCCUUCCCCUGGUGGCAGCCAUGAUGGUGCUUGCGGAGCUGUUUGGGUUUGUGUUACCGCUCAGUGCCAUCAGUUACUGCUCUCUCCGGAUCGCUCACUCACUGAGACAGAGACAGGACAGCCGCUGCCCCUCGACCAGCCAGGCCCAACCCUCAGCCCAGACAGACAGAGAGCACCACCACAACCACCCCUGCCCCUCGACCAGCCAGGCCCAACCCUCAGCCCAGACAGACAGAGAGCACCACCACAACCACCGCUGCCCCUCGACCAGCCAGGCCCAACCCUCAGCCCAGAUGAACAGGCAGAUCGACAAAGAAAAGCGUCGUGCCCUGAGGAUGGUUAUGAGCUGCUCGGGUCUAUUCCUGUUCUGUUUCGCUCCGUACCACGUCAAUUUCCUGUUGUACGUGAUGGUGUCUCAGGAUAUAGUGUCCCACUGCCCCACGAUGCUGGUGGUGCGUCAUUUCCACCCUGUUUCUCUGUGUGUAGCCAGUCUUUCCUGCUGUCUGAACCCUUUGUUAUAUUACUUCCUCACUGCAGAGUUCAGACAGCACCUCUCCCAACGCACCUCCUCCCUCUCCUCCUCCAUUAGAGGCCGGCUCAUGAGCCUGGAAAGCACCUCCUCUUUUAGGGAGUAACACCUCCUGUAGGGAGCACUUUGUCUCCUCCUCCUCUCCUCAAUCAAUCAAAUGUAUUUAUAUAUCCCUUCUUACAUCAGCUGAUAUCUCUAAGUGCUGUACAGAAA